GCCCCAUUCCUCCUUCAUCUGCUAGCACUGAAGCCUGCCUAGCUCUUCCUCCACCACCGACCUUUCGUGCAAACCAGCACAAAACAAGAUCCAUUCAAGAUGUCUUUCCAAGUGAAAAAGACCGUCCGCUCCUCUGUCUCCAGAUCUUCUCCUAGGAACUUUAGCAGCUCGAGCUAUGCAGGGCCAAGCAAUGUCCGUUCUAGUUUCAGUGUGAGAAGCGCCUAUGGUGGGGCUGGAGGAGGCAUGGGCUAUGGUUCUGGAGCAGGCAUGGGCUACGGGUCUGGCGGAGGGAGCUACAUCACUUCCUCAUCAGCCUACGGUAGCGGCAUGGGCCUGGGCAUGGGCAUGGGGGGUGGUGCAGGGUAUGGUGGCGGCAUGGGAGCCCCCAUCACCGGAGUGACCUUCAACAAGAGCCUGCUGGCCCCCCUCAACCUGGAGAUCGACCCCAACAUCCAGGUGAUCCGCUCCCAGGAGAAGGAGCAGAUCAAGGGCCUCAACAACCGCUUCGCCUCCUUCAUCGACAAGGUCCGUUUUCUGGAGCAGCAGAACAAGAUGCUGGAGACCAAGUGGAAUCUAAUGCAGGGACAGACCACCACCAAGUCCAACAUCAAUGCCAUGUUCGAGGCGUACAUCGCCAACCUGCGCAGGCAGCUCGACUCCCUGGGCAAUGACAAGAUGAAGCUGGAGAGCGAUCUGUCUAAUAUGCAGAACAUGGUGGAGGACUUCAAAAACAAGUACGAGGAUGAAAUCAACAAGCGCACAGAGUGUGAGAACGAGUUUGUUCUGAUCAAGAAGGACGUGGAUGAAGCUUACCUGAACAAGGUGGGGCUGGAGGCUAAACUCGAGAGCCUGACAGACGAAAUCAACUUCCUCAGGCAGCUCUAUGAAGAGGAGCUCCGUGAGCUGCAGGCCCAGAUCAAGGACACCUCGGUGGUGGUCGAGAUGGACAACAGCCGUAACCUGGACAUGGACUCCAUUGUGGCCGAAGUGCGUGCUCAGUACGAGGAGAUCGCUGCCAAGAGCCGCGCCGAGGCUGAGAGCUGGUACAAGAGCAAGUAUGAAGAGAUCUCAGCCUCUGCGGGCAAAUACGGAGACGAUCUGCGUAACACGAAGACAGAAAUCUCAGAUCUGACCAGAAUGAUCCAGAGGCUUCAGGCUGAGAUUGAAGCCGUGAAGAGACAGCGCGGGAACCUGGAGGCUCAGAUCGCUGAGGCAGAGGAGCGUGGGGAGAUGGCAGUGAAAGAUGCCAAGGCCCGUAUUGGAGAUCUGGAGGCCGCUCUCCAGAGAGCUAAACAGGACAUGGCCCGCCAGGUCCGAGAGUACCAGGACCUGAUGAACGUCAAGCUGGCCCUGGAUAUCGAGAUCGCCACCUACAGGAAGCUCCUGGAAGGAGAGGAGAGCAGGUUGGUAUCUGGAAUCCAGUCCGUUCAAAUCUCCCAACAGAGCUAUGCACCCACCAGCUACAACUACCCUCUGGAGAGCAGUUCCAUGAGCCAGAACUACUCCAGUGGUUUCAGCUCUGGGUAUGGCAGCGGGUAUGGCAGUGGGCACGGGAGCGGGUACCGCGGCAGCAGCAGCAGCAGCAGCAAGAAGACCAUCCUGGUCAAGAAGAUCGAGACCCUCAACGGUUCGGUGGUGUCCGAGGAUUCUGAGAUCAUCCGAGACUAAACCCCAACGUUCCGAGCCCGCGCUUCCCUGCCCCAGCCAGACUGACCGUCUUGUUUAAGUGUUAAAAAAGAAUAUGCGCCCACCCAUCCCUAAUCCCAAUCCUUGUAUAAAACAGGUGAUCAGUCUGUCUGCUGACGGGCAGCUCCCUCCUAACCUCACCCUAACACCUCCCCCCCCCCCCCCCCUAGCCCCCCACCCCCACCCCAUCUACAAAGAGCAUCAGGUUCUUUUCAAAAAUGUCUUUCGGGAAUUUCAGAACUCCGCGGCUGGCUCUGUCUCUUGUAGAGCGUGCAAACCUUGUCUUUCAGAGUAACCCUUUUUAACAUACAACUGGCUAACACAACUGAGUGUAACACUCUGUUGAAACGAACGAUAGUCAAGGCAAGCAGACGCACAGGCCCGUGUAAGUCUAUCUACCCCAUCGAUAUGGGACUCCCAUUCUCUGACCUGCUGGCCAAGUCGUAUCUUACUAAUGAUGACGCUACACAACCUCCUAACUUGACUACUAAACCCUUUGCUGUUGAUCCGAUGUUUUUUGCCACCUUGAAAGGCCAUUGAAAGGGUUUAAGGGAUGCUAUGUAAUCUGUGCCUUAAGAAUGCCGUUCGAGUUCCCUAUGUGUGUUUGUGUCUGUUCUUCUUUUGUACUCAGAGGUCCAGGGUACUUCACAACUCUGUCUGCCUCCUGCUCCGCACCUUAACAAAAAAAUAAACUGUUUUCAAACAAACAAA